GGAAGAUUUCCAAAUAAUUGCCAUUUCUCAACAAUGAGAUGACAUCCGCUCCUGUAACUCUAUAUAAGAAACGCUCAACAUUCAGAGCAACACUACAACAACCUCCCCAACCAUCUGAAGUUGUGAAGACUUGAAGGUGUGAUCACUGUAACCAUGCUGAAGGUAGUAUUUGUGCUUGGAUGCCUCCUGAGCCUUGCUCUGGCUUAUCCUAUGGAGCACAAGCGAAUUGCUCGGUCCAGCUCUGGCUCUAACUCUGGCUCUAGCUCUGGCUCUGACUCCAAUGAGAGUACAACCACUGCUACAACUACAACUACAACAACGGCUGCAACAACAACGACAGCAAGUGCAGGUGCAACAACAACAGCAGCUGCAGCUGCUACAACACUGAGUCCACAACAGUUGAUCCAGCUCCUUCUUGCCCUCUUCGGAUAAUAAACUAGCUAAUUUGUUUACUGAAGCUAGCUUUGUUUUGUGUUAGUUGUCAUGAAGACAGCUUCUUUCCCUUUUCAAAUGUCAGUGAUUGUGUCUUUUCACACUUAAACAUGUGAAUCAAGGUCACUGUAUUCUCUGAUUACCUGCAAAAUAAACUUACAAAAACAACAAA